GAUAGCUGAAUGAUGUGUAUUGGCUCUGAUGUGCAUCACAAGUUUUUAUUCCUUUAUGUGUUUGGCUAAAAGAGUAGUCCGUGUAAUUUUAAAAUGUGGCACUUCUCGUCAUUUAAAAACUUCAGCGGUGUAUUUUAACAUUACGAGCCCAAUGGAAAACAUGAAACGUGAUUUAUUCCACGACGCUAUAAAACGUACUUGACUUUGCCACGACCAUGACAGACCAAUAGCUGACUCAAUGCAUUUUUUUUUUCCUUUCUUCCUCACUGAGGUAUCACAUGUCACCAGCGAGGCCCGCGGCGUUACAGUGGGGAAGUUAAAGGCACUUCCUUCUUUCCACCACAGUGGUUGAGCUCGGAGCUCAUCAGUCAAACAAUCGACAGUCGUGGCAAUGUGGUGAUCCUGGAGCUCGUCACGGGCCGCUUCGACCCGACUGCUCUUUUUUUGUCCUCCUGGCCAAAUCUCGCCGGCUCCGCGCGGAGAGGAGCGCACCGGGCCGCGUCGUGCGUAAAGGGAAAGCGGUCGGACGAGCGCAGCCCUGUUUUUUUUUCUCCCCAACCCGUCCGCCACUAUGGCAGCGACGUAGCGCAACUUUUUGGAUCCACGGUGGAUGAACGGCAGCGCUGCGACGCGCCGCGAACUUUUCACACACUUGUGGGGAAACAAGAGGGGAUCGACAACAUGAAGAAACAGUUCAAUCGCAUGAGGCAACUCGCCAACCAGACUGUUGGAAGGGCUGAGAAAACUGAGGUGCUGAGUGAUGACCUCCUACAGAUCGAGAGGCGGAUGGAGCUGGUGCGUUUGGUGUCGCACAACACGCACAAGAGGCUGGUGUUCUGUCUGCAGGGUCAACUCGGCACAGACACUGAGAAGAGACAUAAAAAGCUGCCCCUGACGACGCUGUCCCAGGCCAUGCAGGAGGGAGGCGGCCAGCUGGGAGACGAGAGUCUGAUUGGCAAGAUGAUGGAUGUGUGCGGGGAGGCAGAGAGCAGGUUAGCCACUGAGCUGAUGCAGCAUGAAGUUCAGCUGGAGAGAGACAUCCUGGAUCCCCUUAACCAGCUGGCUGAGGUAGAGAUUCCCAAUAUACUGAAACAGAGGAAGCAACUCGCCAAGCUGGUUCUGGAUUAUGACUCGGCCAAGACCAGGUGGUACCAGGCAUCGAAGUCCUACAACCAGGCCAUGGCAGCUAAGGCCGAUUCGCUCAAGGACGAGAUGGACGAGGCUCUGAACAAAGUAGAAAUAUGCAAGGACCAGCUCUCUGCAGACAUGUACAACUUUGCAUCCAAAGAGGGAGAGUAUGCACGAUAUUAUGUCCUGUUAUUAGAGACCCAGGCAGACUACCACAGAAGGUCAUUGGCAGCUCUGGAGGCAGCGAUACCAACAAUCCAAAUCCAGCAAGACUCCUGGAUGGAGAAGCCGGCGUUCGGUACGGCCCUGGAGGAGCACCUGAAGAGGAGUAACCGCGAGAUCGCUCUGCCGCUGGAGGCCUGUGUCAUGAUGCUGCUGGAAACCGGCAUGAGGGAGGAGGGACUCUUCAGAAUAGCCGCUGGAGCGUCAAAGCUGAAGAAGCUCAAAGCAGCGCUGGACUGUUCCACCUCGCAGCUCGAAGAAUUUUACUCUGAUCCCCACGCUGUCGCAGGAGCUCUGAAGUCCUACCUCAGGGAACUUCCUGAACCUCUCAUGACUUUUGGCCUUUAUGAUGAGUGGUUACAGGCGUCCAAUGUGUCGGACCCCGACAAGAGGCUUCAGGCCCUGUGGGUGACAUGUGACCAUUUGCCAAAGACUCACAAAGCCAACCUCAGGUAUCUGGUGAAGUUUCUUGCGAAACUGGCCCAGGACAGUGAAGUGAAUAAAAUGACUCCCAGCAACAUCGCCAUAGUCCUGGGACCCAACCUGCUCUGGGCGAAGACAGAGGGAACGCUGGCAGAGAUGGCGGCAGCCACAUCUCUCCAUGUCGUCGCCAUCAUUGAGCCCAUCAUCCAGCAUGCUGAUUGGUUCUUCCCUGAAGAGGUGGAGUUCAACGUGUCGGGCAUGUUCGCCAUGCCGACCCACCCGGCCACCCCGGACCCUGACCCCGGCCUGGAUCGGAAACGCCCUGGCAGCCUUGUGGGGCAGGAUGGGGACAGUCACACUGCCCGUAAAGACAGCACUGUUAACAAACAGCCGGAACCCACUCCACGUAGAUCCAGCGCUGUAAAUAGAAAGCAGCCUCAGCUAACCUCACCCACCUUCCAACCCCCAUUGCCCCCUCUGGAAGCCGGGGGUCCUACCCAGCCUGAGCCCCAGCUUCAGGCUCCGUCCCCGGCUGUAGAGGCUGAUCAGCCUGGUUUGAGCGGAGCUGGUAGUGCUGUUGCCGGUGUUGUUGGUGGUGGUGGUGGUCUGGGUGGUGGGGUCCAGGUAGCCACAGUGCAACCUCAGGUUGUAACGCAGCUCAGCGCAGAGGAGAGCAGCCCAGCCCGUGAUCUUGUGUCUACCCCCCCUCCCCAGAGGAAUGGUUCGGCCCAUCUUACAGUAGGAACCCCCCACUCUCAGGGUGGGUCCAGGGGGCCUAGUCCACAUAUGGUCCGCAGAGGAACCAAGAAGCAGGCCCCAGCUCCACCAAAACUGGCCAGCCCCUUCACCACCCAGACACCUGGCUCCCCUCAUCACCCGCCCAUCACACCCCGACGCUACUCCAGCAAAGACAGCCCGAUCCACGCUCCGAGCCACCCACCCCCGCAGCCUCCGCAGCCCCACCAGGCCCAGGGGGAGACAGAGUCCUCUCCCCCCAGCACUCCCACCCCUCCUGACACUCCACCUCACGAUGGACCCCACUCCCAUCCGCUGUCAUCCUUCCACUCUGGAUCUCUCCCUCGCCCCUCCAGGCCAGCCCCAAGGCCACGACCCCGACCCCACAUGCCGCCGCCCCCACAACCUGCAGCUGACGACAACGGAAAUGGCCUCUUGAGCUCCGCCUCCAAGAUCAUAACAGACGGAAACCUGGUCCUAAAGGGGAUCGGACGAGCCCUCAUCCCCGAGGUGAUUGUGGACCAACAGGGGGAGAACUCUGCUGGUCAAGAGCCCACCUCCGCCCCAGCCCCACCGCCGGACUCAGAGAGCACCGCUCUGUGAGAGGGGGGGAAAAAAAGAGGGAUCGCUUGUCAUCGAAAUCCUCCUCCUGAUUUGAAUGUUUAGAAUCAAAAAUCACACAGGUAACCCAGAAUGCAUCAGUUCCCCUCAAGCUCUUCACGCUCCACUCACACGUUGCCACUCUGCGCUCUGGGGGGGAAAUGGCUGCCUUUUCUUUCUGACACCAAACAGAAACCGAAUUUUAUUACAGUGAUAGCUUAAACACAAAACCCCUGUCAAUCACGUUCCAUAUUGGACUUCAGGUUGAACUCUUUUUUUUUUUUUUUUUGCUCUAUAUACUGCUGGAUGUUUUGAGAUUGGACUACAGGAGCCUUGCUAGACUCAAGGCUAAUGGAACUUUAAACAUGCAACCUCAACAAUAUACUGUAGCAGCUGAACUCAAAGAUAGCGGGUGAAGCAUUUGAAGCUUUCAAUUUUCACCUGCUGCCUCUUUUUCAAAUCGUGCGAUUCAUUUCAUCGUGGUAGGAGUUAAAGAUUAAGUGCUGACAGAGAUCUGUGGAUUUGGUUUUAGGCACCAGGUCGGACGGCAUGGACCCAAAGAUUUUGUUUUAUUCAGCAGCACAGUUAACUGGAGCUUUUUGAGUGUUAGCCAGUCACCGGUGAUCUAUUUAUCAUGAAACAGGAUCGCAUUGAGACAUUGUCUUCUGGCUAAAUGUGAUGUUCAGCUGAGAAGGGCUUUUGAAUACAUGUCACAGGCUUAGGCACCGUACAAUAAAAGACCAAAGACGUGGCCGGGGGCCAAAGAAGCUGCUUGGUUUGUUUUAAGGUUGUUAAUGACCAAACAUUUUUGGCAAGAGUGCAAUAUAAAAAUGCAGUCCUCUUCCUGUACUGUCCUCUCCGCAGUAGACACAUUUAUUUUAGGCUUUUCAGGCAGUUUUCCUUCAACGUCAUAUUGAUCCAGUGGGGUAGAAUUUAGUGUUUUCCAUCAGAUUUUAUUUUCAUUUCUCGAUUUACGUUAAGUUCAAAAUUGCUCAAAGAUGAGCUUUUAUUAUGAAAAGGGAUUAUUUUUUUUCCUCCACUAAAUUUAUUGCAAUUAAGAGAAACUGAUUUUCAUCACAUAGCUUGUAAGAGAUCGCUCCCUCUCGAAGCUACGAGCAAAUGCAGCCAAAUAAUUCAAAUCAUUGUGGGUUUUUUUACUACAGUGGACAAUGUUUACCUGGUUGUGGUAUUUUCAAGCUCUUUGAUUUUUUUUUGUGUUUCUCAGCAUUUAUGUUUGUUUUUUUCUGCACAUGUUGCAUCAUACAGUGCAUCAUUACUCUCAAUAAUAAAAGACUUUUAAAGUU